UUCAAAGCAGCGUGAUCGCUUAUUCAUCUGUUGCUUUCCUUGACAAAGAAUAGAAAGGCAUUUGUGAUCAGAUCACUGCUCCUCGUGAGAUUCUCCUCGUCAUCACAAAGCACUAUUCAGAAAAAUUUCCUGGUAAAAGGUUACUAGACCUCGAGUUCCAGGGCUCUUUGUAUUCGUGUUCGACUUUCAAUAUACACUAGGAGUAAGAAAACGUUACAAAGAAAUGGGCAAAAAAAAAAAGGAACAAAAAGAUUUGUGAAUUUAUUAAUGAGGAAGGACAAAGUUUAGAACCAAAUUCUCCUCUGUGGUGUCUCCGCAGCCAGAAAGAAAUGAUUUGACCCGACGAUUAACAUUGAACAUUCCCAUUUGGCUUUCUUUUUUUUCAAAUGGGUGCUGUUCAUUCUUCCUCCAACUCUCUCUCCCUCUCUUUUCCUUCCAACUCCACUUUCACUACUCAUCAGUGCCCCACUACUGCUUCACCAACUGCAACCUUUUCUCAUAAAUCACUAUCAAAAUCCUGUCUUUUUAAUCCAUCCACUCUUUUUGUGAUAACCCAUUCUAGGAAUCUAGCCAAAGUUGCCUUUUCUAAUAAAGGGUCAUCUUCUGUAGCAUUGAGGAGGAGGAGGAGGAGGAGGUGUGGUAGAGUUGAAGCAAUGGAAUCUCAGAAAGCGGAGGUUAUUGUGAAACCCAGUUUUGAUCCUUUCAGUAUUCAAUCGGAAUUGCUUGAAAAGAUGGUUUAUGAUGCUCUUGUUUGGAGUUCUCUUCAUGGCCUUCUUGUUGGGGAUAGAAAAUCGCAGAAAUCGGGAAAAGUUCCUGGUGUAGACAUGGUUCAUGCUCCCUUUGCCUUGUUGCCAAUGUCGUUUCCUGAAACUCACUGGAAACAAGCUUGUGAAGUGGCUCCUAUUUUUAAUGAACUUGUUGAUCGGGUGAGUUUGGAUGGGGAGUUUCUGCAGAAGUCUCUGUCCAGGACAAAGAAAGUGGAUGCUUUUACAUCUAGACUUUUGGAUAUUCACUCCAAGAUGUUAGAAAUCAACAAGAAAGAGGACAUACGAUUGGGGUUACAUCGCUCAGAUUAUAUGUUAGAUGAGGAAACCAAAUCUCUUCUUCAGAUUGAGCUCAAUACGAUAUCAUCAUCAUUUCCUGGGCUGAGUUGCCGUGUUAGUGAGCUUCACAGGAUGUUGCUUCAUCAAUAUAAAGAGCACUUGUUAUUAGAUCCUGAAAGAAUACCCAUAAACAAUGCAGUGAAUGGAUUUGCUGACGCACUGGCUAAAGCAUGGAAAGAAUAUGAUAACCCAAGGGCUGUAAUUUUGUUUGUGGUUCAGCCAGAAGAACGGAAUAUGUAUGACCAACACUGGCUCGGUAUGGUGCUGAAAGAACAAUAUCAAAUAACAACAAUUCGGAAGACAUUAGCUGAAGUUGAUGCAGUAGGUGAACUCCAGGCUGAUGGAACACUUUUAGUGGGUGGUGAAGCCGUUGCAGUCAUUUAUUUCAGAGCUGGUUAUGCCCCAACCGACUACCCUUCAGAGUUAGAAUGGAAAGCUAGGUUGUUGAUGGAGCAAUCUUCGGCCGUCAAGUCCCCUUCUAUUUCUUAUCACUUGGCAGGAACUAAGAAAAUUCAACAAGAACUUGCAAAACCAGGUGUUCUCGAGAGGUUUGUUGAGAACAAAGAUGACAUUACUAAACUAAGAAAAUGCUUUGCGGGAUUGUGGAGUUUAGAUGAGUCUCACAUUGUUAAUGAUGCAAUUGAGAGACCUGGCUUGUAUGUGAUGAAACCACAAAGAGAAGGAGGAGGCAACAAUAUUUAUGGUGAUGAUGUGAAAGAGUCCCUCCUGAGGCUGCAGCAGGCAGGUAACGAAGAAGAUGCAGCCUACAUACUCAUGCAGAGAAUUUUUCCAGCACAAUCUCCGGCCAUUUUGAUGCGUGAGGGGGCAUCUCAUAGAGAGCAAACUGUAUCAGAACUUGGGGUCUAUGGCGCUUAUUUAAGGAUCAAGGAGAAAAUCGUCGUAAAUAACAGUCCAGGAUAUUUGAUGCGCACAAAAGUAUCAUCAUCAAAUGAAGGUGGUGUUGCAGCCGGUUUCGCAGUUUUGGAUAGCAUCUAUUUAGUCUGACUGAUACUUCUCCUGCAGCCAAUUUCCUCCUUGAAGUUAAAAGUUAACAGGUCAAAUUUGUAGUAGUGUUACAUGGAGCGUUAGUGUACUAAAACAUUACGUGCCUAUACAUCAUUGAAAAAAAUUUGUUCUUCUGCUGAUACAUAGAUUUCGAACUCGGUUUAAAUUUGACGGUUCUACUGUUGUGAGAUUUGAGAAUCGCGACCAAUGUCAACUGCCUCACAUUGUUUCUUCUUCUGUAGUAGUAAAAUCAUUCUUCUGGAAGACUUUGUAAGAGACCAACUGUUCUUGUUCAUCAAGAUUAACUAGUACAAUCUCGUCACCGUUCCAACUA